AUUGAGCUACAGUGAGGACGUUACAUUCGGUGCUCUCUCGUUGUGUGUUUCCUCCGGACUUAUUUUGAAGCUGCACCUAAAGCCCGGGAUAGACGCAAAGCAUGGAGCAGAAAUGAGGGCACAUAAAAAAGACAGUUCGAUGUCUUAACCUGAUUGAUAAUGUGGAGGAGACUGCUCUUGAGGGGCACCACAUGCCUCCUGCAGGCAGACCCAAGAUUCCUCCACCAAAGACAGCUUCCAUCCCUCUGUGUGAGACUGGUCUCACAGAGGUUUAUUCACAGACACCAUGAUGCAUUACUUUGCUCUAAGUUUAAGGGGCAAGACUUCCUCCUAGCACCAAGUGGGACCAGGGCGUACAAAAAGGAUGCAAAGUCUACUGUAGAGUUCCCUGUGAGCCCCAUCACAGUCACAGACAUCAAACAGUAUCUACGCUCCAAAGAGAUCCCCUUCCAUGAUGGAUACAGCUGCCUCCACAUCCAGAGCAUCUUUGUGGAAGCGUCUGCCAAGAAGGACUGCUUCACUCUGUUCAUUGAUAAAACAACAGGGCAGUUUAUGUGCAAGGACACGCUGGUAGAAGGAAGCUGGGAGGAUCUGCAGGACUGUUUGGAGGUGAUGCAGAAGGAGGAGCAGGACUCCCUCAGUCCUCAUGUGCUGCUGGGGUAUCCAGAGAGCGUGGAGGAGCAGGAGGAGAGGGAGAGGGAGCUAAGGGAGGUGCAGAGGAUCUGGUCUAGUGCUGUACCCUUUACUGAGCUCCCUGAGGAUGAGGCUCAGCUGAUUAAAACCAUGUUCGAGAUCACAAAGAUCUCCAAUGCCACCCUCAAGAAGUUUGGUGUGAGACUCUUCAAGCCGACCAAGAGUCUGGUUUUCCCCUGGUUUGGUGGACCGGACUUGUCUUUAAAAGGGGUGAAACUCCUUUCCGCUCAAACCACAGACAAUGAGAAAGUGACUUAUAACGAAGCUACAGUGCCAAAGUCUAACUCCUACUACAACCUGUUCGGCCUCUCCCUGGUGAGCCGCAUGGACUCAGAGGUGGUCCUGACUGGGAGUGAGCUGGACACUCUGGCUGUGAGUCAGGCCACAGGACUCCCCAGUGUUGCUCUCCCACGCGGGGUCAGCUGCCUCCCGCCGAUCCUGCUGCCGUACCUGGAGCAGUUCAAGCGCGUGACGCUGUGGCUGGGAGACGACAUCCGCUCCUGGGAGUCGUCAAAGAUCUUCUCGCGUAAGCUGGGUCUGAAGCGCUGCUCGCUGGUGCGGCCCGGGGAGUACCGGCCGUGUCCCGUGGAGGCGCUGGCCCUGGGGAAGAACUUCAACAACAUCAUUAAAUCGUCAAUCCCGGCCGCUCACAAGUCCAUAGUGUCGUUCAAGCAGCUCAGAGAGGACGUGUACGGGGAGCUGACCAACACGGAGCAGGUGGCCGGAGUGAAGUGGGCCAGGUUUUCUGAGCUCAACAGGAUCCUGAAGGGGCACCGGAAAGGAGAGCUGACUGUUUUUACAGGUCCUACGGGCAGCGGUAAGACCACCUUCAUCAGCGAGGUCACUCUGGAUCUCUGCAUGCAGGGAGUCAACACGUUGUGGGGCAGCUUUGAGAUCAACAACGUGCGUCUGGCUAAGAUCAUGCUGACACAAUUCGCCAUGCAGAGGCUGGAGGAGAACCUGGAGCAGUACGACUUCUGGGCUGACAAGUUUGAAGAGCUGCCACUCUACUUCAUGACUUUCCACGGGCAGCAGAACAUCAAGACAGUGCUGGACACGAUGCAACAUGCUGUCUACUUGUAUGACAUCAACCACGUUGUCAUUGACAACCUGCAGUUCAUGAUGGGCCAGGAGAACCUCUCUGUGGACAAGUUUGCAGUCCAGGACCACAUCAUCGGGGCCUUCAGGAAGUUUGCCACCAGCAGCAGUUGCCACGUCACUCUGAUCAUUCACCCGAGGAAAGAGGAGGACGACCGAGAACUGCAGACCGCCUCCAUCUUUGGUUCAGCGAAGGCCAGCCAAGAGGCCGAUAACGUCCUCAUCCUGCAGGAGAAAAAGUUGGUCACGUGUCCCGGCCGCAGGUCCCUGCAGGUCACCAAAAACCGCUUCGACGGAGACGUGGGCAUCUUCCCGCUGGAUUUCAUCAAGUCCUCGCUCACUUUCUCCACUCCCGUCAAAGGCAAACACAAGCUGAGGAAGGUCACCGGCAAACCGGAGAACGAGGAGGGCGAGCAGGUGGUGGAGGCGGUGAAGAAGGAGGAGGUUAAAAAGGAGAAGGUGGCUAAAACGGCAAAGACACCGAGAGCUAGUAAGAGUUCUGCAGCUGGGAAUGAGAGCGUGCAGAAGAAGAAAUAAUGGAGACUGUAUGGAUCUUGUUCUUUUGAUGGUUAGAUGGUUAGACACAGGAUGAAAAGCUGGUCCUGAUCAUUGAUCUAAAGGUUCACUUUGGACAGUCUGAUGUCCAUCCCAUGAGGUACAACUCAACAGUUACAAACAAACAGAACUCAUUAGAUGAAAGCUGUUCACAGUGAAACAGUUCAGGAACAUUUCAAUAACUGAAGAUGAAUUUCUUCAAAGUAUGGAUUUCUCUACCACAAUGUGAAAAGAUGAAAGUGUUCCUUGUUAAGCUACCACACAGUUAGUUAAGCUUCUUUAAAGAAGGUACAGCUGUAUAUGAAGACUGAAGUCUCUGUUUAAAGUGUUGAUGAAAUGCUCCUCACUUCUUUAUAAAAUAGAACCUGUUGUUACAAAAAUGUCAACACUAUCACACUGUCUGUUCUGAGAUGACAGAAGCACUUGCACGUUACAACAAUGUGCUCUCUAGUGACUUUUUCUACGAGUUAUUACAUGAGCUGCUUUUGUUUUUAAUAAAAUGUUAAUGAAAGAG